AUGGGCUUCCACAAGUCAUCCAUGGACAUCCAUCUCAAGAAUGGACAUGUCCUCUGCGCAUACUGUCGCCGGCCCUCCGGAGAAGCUAUAUAUUCCGAACUGGACUUGAAUGAGUUCCUUGGCACCAAGAAGGUCGCGGUUGCCACCUCCCUCUCGCCCCACCCCUUGCAAACACUAGAAAAGCAUCCGCAGCAAGAAAUUAUUAACACAGGGCCUCUCAUAGGGAAAUUCGCCUGGAGCGCGGAGAACUUCUCUGACGCGGCGUCGGACGUCCACCUCGAGAUGGAGGGCCAACCGUCGCAACCGAUUCUGCAUGCACAAUUGGGCGACGGCGACGGGGCGCAUCACGAAGAUUGCGUGAACUUGGCGGAUUGUAUCAAGAAUGAGGAUGGGCAUCUGCGGUUCAUGGAUUGUUUCUAG